UUUACCCUCUGGGUUACUUUACAAAUCCAUCGACAGGCAAGCGAUUCAUGUCCUCUCUCAUCGAGUAACUUCAGUGCCCAGACAGCACAUAUUUCUGUCUCUUCCUCCUCGCUUCAGUUUCUCGUACCUUUGCACCACCACCGGUGGUUCCGCCGGAACGCUCGCCGACAGAAGAGCGCCAUGGCCCGCGUGGUGGUUGAAGGGAUGCCGGAGUCGGCCGUCGGAGGAGGAGUGAUGCUGAACCGACGGAGGAGCAAAGGCAGGCGGAGAAACCGAAAGGAGUUGUUGGCCAUCCAGAUGUGCUUAGCGGGUGUACUGCUGGGGCUCGUCGUAGGGCUCAAGUCCGUGGCACAGAAAGCAGGAUAUCAUGUUUCCAGUUCUGUGGUUGACGAGGGGGAAAGGUGGGAGAGCCGUCACCUUCUACAAGAAGUCUAUGACAACGAGUCAAAGCUGUACUCUGAGCCUGCAAAAAACUGCACAGAACCAGCAAUCCAUGAGUUUCCCAGGGAUUACUUCACCAACCAGGAGCGCAUUGAUGGAGCAGUGGGUCUACAUGUCCUUUGUACGGUCUACAUGUUCCUGGCCCUGGCCUUGGUGUGUGACGACUACUUUGUCCCGUCUCUGGAGAAGAUAUGUGAGCGUCUCCAGCUGAGUGAGGAUGUUGCCGGAGCAACCUUUAUGGCCGCAGGCAGUUCAGCUCCUGAACUGUUCACCUCUGUCAUUGGAGUUUUUAUCACGAAAGGGGACGUCGGGGUCGGCACCAUCGUCGGCUCGGCCGUCUUCAACAUCCUCUGCAUUAUUGGAGUGUGUGGGAUAUUUGCCCUAGAGGCAAUUCGUCUCUCCCGCUGGCCUCUGCUCCGAGACUCUACGUACUACACUCUGUCUAUCUCUGCUCUUAUAGUGUUCAUCUAUGACGAAAAAGUGGUUUGGUGGGAAGCUCUCACGUUAAUUCUGAUGUAUUUCGUCUACAUUUUGAUCAUGAAGAUGAACUCCCAUAUUGUUCGUUUCCUGGAGAGGCGGAAGAAGAACCCGUCUAGUUUAAGGAACGGAGCGGCAAAUAACGCUGACCUAGACGAUGGCUGUGAUGCUACCGCUGUUCUACUGAAGAAGGCGAACCACCACAGGAAGCCAUCGGUGCUAAUGGUGGACGAGCUGCUGUCGGCAUACCCCCACCAGCUGUCCUUCUCCGAGGCGGGCAUGAGAAUCAUGAUCACCAGCCACUUCUCCCCGAGAACCCGCCUCACCAUGGCUUCUCGCAUGCUCAUCACCGAGAGGCAGCGUCUAAUCAACACCCGAACUUUGACCAACGGUGACUCGGAUGUUCCAGUGAAAGUAGGAAGUAGGCGGGGCAUAGAAAAUGGGCUGUCCAAGGCUGAAAGGGGCGUCAGUGUGCGCCGCGACGACCAAGAGGCGGGCAACGAGACGGAGACCGAGGACAAUGAGAACAACGAGAACGAUGAAGAGGAAGAAGAAGAGGAUGGCGAGGGACCCUUGGUACCCUUCCAGUGCCCAGCGGGUGUGUUUAACAAGCUGAAGUGGCUGGUGGCCUGGCCUCUGUGCCUGCUGCUCUACGUCACCGUCCCCAACUGCGCCAAGCCUCGCUGGGAAAACUACUUCAUGUUAUCCUUCUUCAGCUCCACCCUGUGGAUCGCCGCCUUCUCCUACGUCAUGGUCUGGAUGGUAACAGUGAUAGGCUUCACACUUGGUAUUCCUGAUGUCAUCAUGGGCAUCACCUUCCUGGCAGCCGGCACCAGCGUCCCUGAUUGCAUGGCCAGCCUGAUAGUGGCACGACAAGGAAUGGGCGACAUGGCGGUGUCCAACUCCAUUGGCAGUAACGUGUUUGACAUCUUGGUGGGACUUGGUCUCCCCUGGGCCCUACAGACGCUGGCUAUCAACUAUGGCUCAGAUAUCAAACUCAACAGUAAAGGACUGAUCUUCUCUGUGGGGCUCCUGCUGGCGUCUGUGUUUAUGACUGUCCUGGGAGUUCACCUAAAUAAGUGGACUUUGGACAAGCGCCUGGGUUUCAUGUGUCUCCUCCUCUACUCCGUCUUCCUGUGUUUCUCCUGCCUCAUCGAGUACAACAUCUUCACCUUUGUCAACCUGCCAACCUGCCGGGAUGAAUGAGACACACGGACACACACACACACACACACACACACACACACAUUCACAUUGAAAAUGGUGUUUGCAAGGAAUUCCAAGUAAAGUGAAGUAUUAAAUAGAGGGUGGUGUCUGACCAUGGAACGAGAACCUGAAAGUAUCAAUCUGAAAAAUUAUUUGCAAACACGGUUUAAUACCGGUCUGAUUCACACCCACUGUUUUCUGCUUUUAUUCCCGUCUAUGAGAAGACGUCCCAAUCUGCUACUCUUUUUCUGAUGCCUGUCUUUCUGCUCGGUGCAAUAUGGAGCUGCUCAGAUGUUUGCUCACAAUCAAUCAGAGGGCAGGAUUAAGUUUCAGGAGCAGAGAGAGAAACGACUGACUCGUUACAAACCGUCACACAGGACAGCACUGAGGACAGCAGCCACAACAACAAAAACUCUCUGUCCGACUACUGCUUGCUUCUGACGUGAGGACCUUUUCUUUUGAAACUUCCCCGUAUUUAGGUGUGAAAGUAGUCAUGUUUUCUAGCUGCUAACCUUUCCUGAGAGGAAAGGCAGGUCUUUUAGAUCUACUAGUUGAGAGUAAUAACAAUAAAAGCAAUGAUGUAAAUGGGUGGGAGGGUGUAGGUUAGCUCUGUGAUACAGAUAAUGUCGUUGAAACAUUACAACCAGGGUACGAUUUGGAAAAAAAAGCAGGGGAAGGGGGGUUUGAGUAAACAAAACAUAACACGCAAGAAUUAAAUCCCCCCUUUUCAAUACCAUGGAUGCCACUAGGCCAGCCAUGCCAAAACACUUAAAUAUGCACCAAUGGAAAAAAAUCUCAUGUGAAAUAGCACAUAGUGGUGUCAACAUAAAAGCGUUUUCUAGCCAAAGGGCGAAAUUCACUUUGUCGUGAAAACGAAAUAAUUUCACCCAGGAAACGCUUGUUUGUGUGUUUUAAUCCAUUCCAAGACUUUUUUCCUAAACUUAGCUAGUUGUUUGGGUGCCUAAAGUUAACUGUCAUCGCGGCAUUUUCUGGCUAAACUCCACUACCACAACCCCUGAAAGGAGCGUCAUCUGGCGGUUCCUGUAGCCGGCCUCCAGUCACCUAUUGGCGGCUAAACACCUGCUGUUGGAAGCCGGCGUCCUGGAGCUCUGUAGCGGCUAAAUACAACCAGCAGCUGGCGCUCAGAUUUUAUUGUUCCACGGCACUAUGUGUUCACAUUACAGCGCUUUACUUUAAUUUAAAAUCCUUCUAUUUAAAGUAUAAAAUAUAUGGGCUAUUGGUGACGUAGCAUUGAUCACUCUGAGCCCCCCCUUAGUCAUACAUUUUUGUCCAUUUUGUGAGGCAGGGAUCCAACCCCCACUAACACCCCCCCUCCAGCAAAUCGUACCCUGAUUACAAACAAACAUUACAUUUAUUUCAUUAGCACAAUUCUUCAGGCAAAAGUAAGAUCUGUUAUGCAGAUGAGCACAUUUUUCAAACGCCAUUACCUGAGGACUAAUUAGAUUCCCAUUAUGUGGGCAUACUUAAGUGUUUUUGUUUAGAACAUUUUAGGACAUACAGCUACACAACUUGGGGUAAAAAAAAAUACCCGAACCCCCCCUCCCCCCCUUCACAAAACCAGGGCAUUAUCCACUCACCUUUUUAUAUAAAUUAAAUUCAAUAGCAUCACGGCUGUAGCUUCUAUGUUUUGUACUGGAAAUGAAUUAGCUUCAUGGAAAGUUCUUUUCUUUUCUUUCUGUAAAUAGUACACCUUUGUAAAUACCCCCCCUCCCCCCGGAUGUCAUAUUUAUUAUUUAUUCAUGUCAUACGCACAUUUCUCCUCUGGAAGUCACAAAACACCCGGGCAGGAUUUUUAUUUUUAUGGAAAAACCUUUUGAGGAAAUCUACACCUAAGAUCUUUUUCAGAAGACCACUCGUGUCCAAACAAUCACAAUUUCCUCCAAAGGUUUUGUUGAUUUCAUUAAUGAACUUGAUUGUUGUGUGUGUGUGUGUGUGUGUGUGUGUGUGUGUGUGUGUGUGUGUGUGUGUGUGUGUGUGUGUGUGUGUGUGUGUGUGUGUUAAAAGAAUUCAAACUUGCACUGAAGAGCUUAUACUAGCUUCACAGGGAGACUGUGAGUGUUUCUCCUCCCAACGCGUGCUGAUUAUAAGGAUAACUUCCUUGUAAAAUGAAGCAGGUCUAUAUGAAAUUAUAUUGUUAAGGUUUUAGGAAGCAAAUGUUAUGUUUUGGGAUAUUGUUGUGGAAAGGUCUCACAGUGUGUGCUGCCACCUAGGGGACAGAAAUAAUGAGCUGCUGCUUUUUUCUCAUCCAAAUAGAAUAAUAACAGCAUUUAAAACAACUGGGGAGCAAGUUGGACGAGGUAUUUCCUCUGUGUUGGAUGGAUUUUAUGUCC